AUGUCUUCGUCCAUCGCUGGCACUUCUUCUUCAUCUCCAUUGUCGUCGUUUUUGGAUGGAUUUCUUUCAACCACAAAAAGUUCUUCCGGAAAAUCAUCAUCAAAUUCAUCCACACAACAACAACACUAUCUACAACAAAACAACCAAUAUGAUGGAAUUUCUCUUACAGCUCUACAACAACAACCCCAAUCCGAUUCCUUACAAUUAGCAGAAGAAAUUGCCAAUAUUUUGAGUAUUUGCGUGAUCAUGUUCAGUUUCCUAUGCAGUUUGUUUGUUCUCAUUAAUUUAUGUAAGAAGAAUAUGAAAGCAGAGAAGGAAGAGAAAGCCAUGUUGGCUCGAUUUGAAAAUUCAAACCCGAGUAUCAUUGAAUCACUCACUUCUAAGAAACAUCUCUAUACCAAACUAACGUCUUUCUGCAUCUUGUGUAUGAUCAUCUCAGAUUUACUGUUUACUGCCUUUUAUUUCCCAACCAAUACAUUGAGAUUGAUCAAGGGUUUUCUCUUUCAAGAUUUACCCAAAGCUCAAACUCUGAAAUUAGAUCCCUAUUUUUCAAUUCCGAUCUAUAUUACGGCUGAGAUUACUGAAAUGUUUGUCAUUAGUAGUGGUAUCUUUUCGUUACUUCUUACUUUGUGUAUUUACAAAACGAUUAAGAGUAUUAAGCCUUCAGGUUCUUCGGCAGAUGAUCAAUCUUCGAAUUAUUCGUCAUCCAAUCAGAGAUCAUCCAUUGGUUUAGAUUCUCAAUAUCAUCAAAGUGUUUCUCAUUAUGGAACGAAUGGUGCUUCAACAACUCCUUAUGGUAAUGGGGGAGACCAAUCGAAUAUGGAUCCCUAUCAGGAUCAUCAACACACUGAAAAGACUCGAUUAAUGUCACCCAAUUCGGAUAUGAAUUCUGUGAAUACACCACCACGAACACCAGAAGAAGAAUAUGGAAAUCAUGAUGCUCAUGUUCAACAACCCUUUUCAGCGAAAGGAAGAUAUAUGAAAAUGCAACAACGUAAAAAGUGGAUUCAAACAAUAUUCUGUCUCAUUUCAUGGGGAAUUCCUGCCAUGUUUGCCGUGGUGUGGAUCAUUGUUGAGGAAUUGUAUUUGGGAGUGAACACCACACCUGCAGGAGUUUUUUAUGCCAAUAUCAUUCCUGACAUGGUAAAGAAUUUGAUAUAUAUUGCCAUUGAAGUUGGAUCUGUGGCUCUGAGAAUUAUGAUUUAUACAGAUACUAAAAAACUAUUUCGUGACACGACCAUUGUGGAAAAUACUUCAAGUGCAAAGAAGAAACGAGAAAAGGAGAGGAAUUUAUUCAAACAAUUACUAUUUUAUGCACUUCCAUUCUUUUUGUUUGGCAUUUGGGUCAUUGUGUAUCGAUUAGCCACAGAUAUUAUUUAUAUUGUCCGUGUUGCUGAGCAUGGCAUUGAUUCUUUCAAUGACGACAUGGACUUGGCAGGCCUGAUUGUUUUAAGUAUUCACCACAUAUUGAGUCCUCUCAGAGCCUUUGCCAAUAGUGUUGUGUAUUGUUUACUUUCGAAAUGGUUCAGUGAACGAGUGAAAGGUUCCUUUAAGAGGUGUUGUGGUCAUUCCCAGUAA